AGCCGAUAUUUUUAGUUCCGAUCCAUAAUUUGUCGGAAGAUCACUAAUCUGAAACAAUGGACACGUUUGAUUGAUAGCGCUUGCGUCUUGCUGGCAGUUCGGGCGACCACGGCGCCCGCCAGGCGGCGUCCUCGCCAGUUCGCGUUUCGCCAACGAAGAAGAACGCAAACAAGAUGGAGACGGAGCCCGUCGCGGUCAAGAUACGUCAUUCGUUUCGCUAAACAAUUAAAUUGGGACAAGUACAUAACUGCGCCGAAGGUCGAUACACGUCGAAAAAGGGAACACUUUGUCGUCGUCACCGUUUUGGACGAUUUAUUCACCGCAAAGCGCUCUCGUCAGCUCGGUUCGCUGAGCGAGAAUGCGGAAGUGAGCAAGCUAAAGCUAAGCUAGUGCUAGCGAGCGACGUCAUAAUUUGUUGUUAUAGCGUCGUUGAAUACACAUUUAUGAAUUUAAAAAAAAAAUUAAAAAAAACCACCACAAUAUUCGUAUCGAAACGUGUAUGCUGCGAACAAAACAAAAAAAAAACACGGAAGUUAGCGACACGAAGCACAGAGCCCGGUAAAGUGUUGUUAUUGUUGUGGAGGGGAAACAAAAUGUGCAAAGUCCAAAUGCUGCGAGCUUUGGUGAAUCAGCGACUAAACGCUGCCGUUGAAGAAAUAUUUGUGGCGUUUGAAACAACGAUGGCGGAGUACGAGGAGGAACUGUGUCGAUCCAAACAGGAGAUCGAGCGACAGCGCCGACUGCUGGACGCUGUUUUCAAGCCUCGAGUUGAACUUCGGCGACACAAAGCAGGUCGGUUUGGUUUUGAGUCACAUCAUCGACGCACUUGAAUCACAUUGUUUCGUUUUCCAUUGACGGUGGUAAGUGUAUGGAGACAAAAUGAAGUUCACCCAGAAAGGUUAUACGUCGUGUAUUUUUGUGAAUAGUGUAAUUCAGUCCGCAUAUUGUAAACAUGAGAAAUAAAAACUACCAGGGCUGGCUAAAACCACGUUUUAGCCAUUUUUAUUCGCCCAAUACAACUCUCGGUGAAUGGUAGAAAACAAACAAAAAUCGGUAUUUUUAAUCGGCUGCUCUCUCGACGACAACACACGUUUGUCCAAUUUUGAAUAAUUCAAAGAACAAUUCAAGAUUGCAUGUGUGCUCUCGCACAUUCAUUUUUUGGGGGGGGGGAAGGGUGCUAUCCUCUAUUUGCUGAAAAACUCCCAAAUUUUCUGCUUUUGUGCCAGCAACUAUGGCAACUAUGAUGAAGUGAAUUGAGGAGUUUCAUUUCGACUAAAGCAGUGCUCUGUCUUCUGGCAUGUCAAGAGAAUUUUCAACAAUUUUUUUUGGUCUUUUUUUCAAUUCCUCGCAGAUUUGCGUUGUUUGUGCCGGGGCUCGGUUGAUGCUCCAAUGUGAGUGACAGCUCGCCAUUAAAUGACCGUCAAUUCCCAGCUAAUGCCCAUGGAAAGAUUCCAGUUUGGAAUGUGUCAUUUCUGAACUGCAAAUAUGAAAUCACAAAAGCAUGUGUUGUACUAUUUUUCGAGACGUUCCCCCCGAGCAGCAGCAGCAUGAACCGGAGCCCCUCCGUGUUAAAGAAGAAGAGGAAGAGGAGGGCGAGGAGCAUGCAGGAAAAGAGCUGGAGCGGCUCACCGAGUUCUCAGAUGUACCUCCUGAGCAGCAGCAGCCGCAUGAAUCAGUUCCCUCCUACAUUAAAGAAGAGGAGAAAGUAGGAGAGCAGCUGGAGCAAGUCACUGAGUUCCCAGGUCACGGCGACGUCCGUGCGACAAGCCAAGACGACGCCGAGGAGCCAGCUCGGCCUCAUCGCCGUCAACGCGAGGAGACCGGCGAGUCAGACAGCCGACCAUGUCGAGAUGUUCUUGCUGAGUGUCAGGAGGAGCUCGAGUCCCCACGCGUCAAAGAGGAGGAAGAGGACGAGGCCGAGUCCUCCGACCUUAAAGACGAAGCGGGCGAGCGUCUGCGGGAGGCUGACGUCAUCACCAAGUUCCACGUGAAGAGUGAAGACGAAGAAGAUGAAGCUCAGUGGUCACAUCUUAGGACAGAAGACGAGGGAGCCCCACAGCACGUUCCCUCGGGUCCCCCGUUGGACUGCGAGGGAACGCCGUCGGAAUGCGACAGGACGGACGACAGCGACGAAACCUUGGAAGCGUCCAAGGGCGGCGGCGGCGGCGACGAAGCGGCCGAAGGCGACAAGACCUUCGCCUGCUCCCUCUGCAGCAAAAGCUUCAAGCGCAAGGACAGCUUCCUCCGACACACCCGAGGCCACACGGGCGAGAAGCCCUUCGCGUGCUCCAUGUGCAGCAAAAGUUUCAAAUACCGCUAUGACAUCAGCCAACACAUGAAGAUCCACACCGGCGAGAAACCCUUCAGCUGCUCCGUUUGCGGCUCCGCGUUCGGUCGGCGCACCGGCCUGGCGGUCCACAUGAGGACCCACACGGGCGAAAAACCCUUCGCCUGCUCCGUGUGCCGCGCCAGGUUCUCCAAACGCUACACGCUGGUGCUGCACAUGAGAACGCACACGGGCGAGAAGCCCUUCGCCUGCGGGGUCUGCGCCAGGACCUUCUCCCAGCAGGGCGGGUUGAGGAUGCACAUGCAGGUGCACACCGGGGAGAAACCGUUCGGCUGCAACGUGUGCCAGCGACGCUUCGCUCGCAAGUUCCAGCUCAAGGUACACGAAUGCAGGACGUGAAGUGGCCAGAGAGGCGACUGGAAUCCGCGAAGCAACUUGGAAUUUUGACUUCCUCACAAUGAAAUCUCUUGAUGACGUAUAUACAGUGAGGAGGGAAUGGCGGGGAGCCAUUUUCAGAGUUCCUUCUUGAACGCUGUAGUGUUUCUCGCCUUCUUUAUCAAAUGGCCGACACCCGAAACGUUCUGCCGCACUGUGUAAGAAGGGUUCGACAGGCGGCAAGGUGUAUUCCACAAUACGAGCUUUUAUUCACAAGUCAAGGCAAUCAUUAACAAGCCUCCCGGUCUGCCUGGCAACACUUGGACAAGUUGGGGGCAACAUAGGCGUAACAUCCUGCCAAAGGUUAGGCCUUUGAAAAAAAAAACAGCAUGCCACUCUCCUGCAAUGAGUUUCACCACGCUUUAUUUGGCUUUGUGUCGUAUUGUGCAGUCGCACUCAAAUUUUAUUUUGUUUUAUUGAGUGCAACUGUUGGAUAAGCCACCAUGCGACCCCAGAAAGUGCGGCGAAUCUAUGUUAGCGCACGACGUGCUUCUAUUUCGAAGGUGUGAGCUUUUGCGGGAUUUUUUCACACACGUCAGUACGCCUUGCAUUCUGUUGGAGCCUUUUAUACGCCACGUACAAAGUUCCAGAUGCAUUUUUUUUGGUCGCAGAUGCACGCUGUGUUCGCCAGCAGGAGAAAUAAACCUGCUCGACGUUCAUGAACGAAGUCUCGCUUGCGUGACUAUCGUGCCAUCUUGGGACGGUCCAACAGUCGGUCCUUGGUUUUGGGUCGUUUUAAAAUGUUAUUUGUUUAACCUUUAUUUGUCUAGGUGAGACAGGUGAGAACAGAUUCUCGUUUGCAAUGCCGACCAGGCUGCCGGCAACAGAGUAAAACAAAGCAAAUACAUCUAGCACAUACACAUAUUUACAUAUUUGUAUAUUUUUGUAAGGCGGGCCUUGCCAAUAUGAUUAUGACUGAUGAUCGCUGUACCCUGUGUUAGUAAACUCAUGGUGUCUUAUUUAUUUUUAAUUUUUUUAAACAAAAGGUGAAUUAUUACAGGAUUUGUUUUUCUCUUCCGCAGAAUAAAAGGACAUAA